AUGAGCACUCGAGACGUGGGUAGCGGUCAGUGCAGGAUCACCUUCCCCCACCUCCCCACUUUCCCUCUCUUUCUCCUCGAGUUUUCUUUUCCCCUUGCUUGCAAUCUCCAGGCGUUCAUCAACCCCAUCGGCGGCCACCGCAAGGCGCUCAAGACGUGGGCAGCGGUGAAGCCCGUGUUUGAUCGGGCGGGAGUGGCGGUUACUGAGGGAGGCGAUGGCCUGUUCAACGAGGUGCUGAACGGGCUGGCCAAGAGGCGACACCACGCCCCCCCCUGCAUCCACCCUUCUCGCCUCUCCUCUGCACGCCUCUCCCUCCCUCCCUCCUCCCAUCUCUCUUCCACACCACCCCCACUCGCCUCCUCUGGUUCCCCUGCUGCUCUCUCGUCUGCCGCUUCCGUCCUCUGUCAAGUCAUCCCCACCCACGUCAGCUUCUCACUCUCUCACCUCUCUGUCUCCCUUUCGCGCUGCACGGGGUUCUGGGCCAUCGCAUGCCUCUGGAUGUGGCGAGAAUCCACUACGUGGAAGGAAGAGGAGCAGGCGGGGAAGCAAGGCGAGCAGUCAGAGGAGGAGAAAGAGGAAGAGGGGCAACGGAAAGAGGGGGAGCAGGCAGAGACGGGUGGAGAGAUUGGGGGCAGUGGAGGCAGGGAGGAGGGGGGCGAAGGAGAAGCGGAGCUUGUGAGGGAGGGGUUUGCGGGUGGAGAUGGAAGAGAGAAGGCUGGGGGAGCUGGGAGCGAAACAGAAGGGGCUAAGGCAAGACAGAAGAAGAGGAGGAGGAUGAGGGUGUGGAGCUAUGGAUUCUACGGCGAUGUGAUUCGGCGAAGCGAGGGGCUCAGAUGGAUGGGGCCGGCGCGGUACGACUAUGCUGGGCUCAUGACAUACCUGCACCACAGAUCGUACGAUGCUGAGGUGUCCUACUUUGACGUGCACCCCUCUGCUGGUCCAGCCCCAAGACCUGCAAUCCAAGCGUCCCCUGUCCAGCGAGCAGGGUUGGAAGCAUCUCCAUCCACUGCAGCAGAGUCGGACGCAUCUGCAGUCCAAGCAGCAGCAACGUUGGGAGAAUCCCCAUCCCAGGGCGUUCUCGCGCCCCUCUGCUGGCAGCAGCAUCACCACUGGAAGCGGGGCCUUGAUGUCUUGUCGAACGACAAGGCGCCAGAUGGCUUCGCGGCACAGGCCCACCUGGCGGACGGCAAUCUACAUCUCAUCCUGAUCCGCAAGUGCUCGCGCCCCGAGUACCUCCAUCAGCUGACUCGCCUAGCCCGCAAAGGGGCCGACCCAUUCGCCUUUGAAUUUGUGGAGACAUACAAGACCCCCGCCUUCAUGUUCACAUCUCACGGGAAGCAAAGCACGUGGAAUGUGGAUGGGGAGUUGGUGGUCGCCUCGCAGCUCUCUGCUCAAGUCUUCCGCGGAUUAGUCGACAUAUUUGCAUCUGGACCCGAGUUUUGA